AUGAUGUCUUUACUUACUUGCGCCCAGAGCGCUGUGAUUCUCGCCAUCGGUGUUGCCGCCAAGGCUCAUCUGCCUCCGAUUCCAUCUGAUUUGACAACUCCAGUUCAACAGCGAAUUGCCGUCAACGGACCAAACAGCAUCACUGUGAGUUGGAAUACAUACAAACAGCUGGACAAGGCAUGUGUCAAGUACGGCGCAUCUGAAGGCUCCUUGACGGAGCAAGUCUGUUCCAUCACGUCUGCUGCCACGUACCCAUCCUCGCGCACUUGGUUCAACACAGUCACCGUCACUGGUUUGAGCCCAGCCACCAAAUACUACUACCAAAUUGUGUCGACCAACUCGACCACGGCAUCCUUCCUCAGUCCCCGAUUGGCUGGUGACAAGACCCCAUUCUCAAUCAAUGCCAUCAUCGAUCUCGGCGUCUAUGGCGAGGACGGCUACACCAUCAAGAUGGACCAGACAAAGAGAGACGGUAUCCCCAAUGUCCCUCCUUCGCUCAACCACACCACCAUUAAGCGUCUCGCCGACACCAUCAACGAUUACGAAUUUGUCAUUCACCCCGGUGACCUUGCAUACGCCGACGACUGGAUACUCCGAGGCCACAAUGCUUUCGAUAGCAAGGACGCCUUCCAGGCCAUCCUGGAGCAGUUUUACGACCAACUUGCUCCCAUUUCCUCGCGCAAGCCCUACAUGGCCAGUCCCGGCAACCACGAAGCUGCCUGCGAGGAGAUCCCUCACACCACGGGCCUUUGCCCCAGCGGCCAGAAGAACUUUACCGACUUCAUGACCAGGUUUGGCAGCAGCAUGCCCACCUCGUUUGCGUCAACGUCACGGGAUGCCACGGCAAAGGUGAAUGCCAACAGGGCCAAACAACUGGCCAAGCCUCCAUUCUGGUUCUCCUUCGAGUACGGCAUGGCCCACAUCGUCAUGAUUGACACCGAGACCGACUUCGCAGGCGCCCCCGACGGCCCAGACGGCUCUGCAGGCCUCAACAGCGGACCAUUCGGCAGCCCCAACCAGCAGCUCCAGUUCCUCGAAGCGGACCUCGCCUCGGUCGACCGCACAGUCACUCCCUGGGUCAUCGUUGCCGGCCACCGGCCAUGGUACACGACCGGCGGCGAGGCUUGCAAGCCCUGCCAGGCUGCUUUCGAGGGACUCUUGUACAAGUACGGCGUCGACCUCGGUGUCUUUGGGCACGUACACAACUCGCAGCGAUUCGUGCCCGUGGUCAAUGGGACCGCUGACCCUGCGGGCCUGAACAACCCCAAGGCGCCCGUGUAUAUCGUCGCGGGUGGCGCGGGCAACAUCGAGGGUCUGAGUGCUGUCGGGACGAAGCCUGCCUAUACUGCUUUUGCCUACGCCGACGACUUUAGCUAUGCUGCUAUUAGCUUUGUGGAUGCCCAGAACUUGAAGAUUGACUUUUAUAGAUCGUCUACUGGGGAGCUGCUGGAUACAUCGACCCUGCACAAGUUGCACGACAAGCAGUUUGUAGAGCAGUAG